UUACCUAUAACCUGUCUUGAAGUUUUCCUAGUGCAAAAUUGUGUAUUUUUGAUCAUGGAGUGGUUGUUUGGUCGAAAGAAAACACCGGAGGAACUGCUUCGCCAAAACCAGAGGGCGCUUAAUAAAGCAAUGCGUGAACUUGAUCGAGAACGGCAGAAAAUGGAACAAAGUGAAAAAAAGAUUAUUGCAGACAUAAAAAAGAUGGCAAAGCAGAACCAGAUGGACGCAGUAAAAAUUAUGGCAAAAGACUUGGUAAGAACACGGAGAUAUGUCAAGAAAUUCAUGUUAAUGAAGGCUAACAUACAAGCAGUGUCACUAAAGAUCCAGACACUAAAAUCACAAAAUGCUAUGGCGCAGGCGAUGAAAGGUGUUACCAAAGCUAUGACAAGUAUGAAUAAACAGAUGAAACUACCGCAGAUCCAGAAAAUAAUGAUGGAGUUUGAGAAGCAAUCUGAAAUCAUGGAUAUGAAAGAGGAGAUGAUGAAUGAUGUUAUUGAUGAUGCAAUGGGUGACGAAGAGGAUGAAGAGGAGAGUGAUGCAAUAGUAUCGCAAGUUCUAGAUGAGCUUGGACUUCAGAUUACAGAUGAACUCUCAGGUUUGCCUCAGGCAAGUGGAUCACUAGCAGCAUCAACAGCAGCGCCGCCAGCAAAGCAGGCAGCUGCAGCAGGAGUAAGCGACGCAGAUGCUGAUCUCCAGGCCCGCUUGGACGACUUGCGUCGCGAGUAGUGCUAUCCUCGUAUAGUUUUUACAAGCCAAAAUUUCUGUGUUGUGAGAGCUGCUGUGUCACGCCAUAAAACAGCCCAUCUAUACAUGGUGUUCACGAUUACUCUUCUGUUGAACCUCAAAGGCUAUCCUGCAACAUUCAAAGUAAUAAGGUAAUAAUUCUAUAUUCUAAGAGCCCCCCAGUAUGCAUUUAAACUUGCAUCUUUUCUCACAAAUGAUUGUUACUAGACUGAUUUUACUGACAUUGCAAUAUAGGUACUGAUCUCAUGUACUACCAGUUAUGAUUCACAGGUAGAAAGGAUGCUUUCUUAGAACAGAAAUGAUUGCUUUUGUGUUGUAUUUAAAGUUUACUGCAUUAACCGGUAUAGAUUUCGUGAUCACAAUGGAUAUAGAAAUCUACAAUGUGUAUAUUUUAUGAUAAAGGAAGGAAUUGUAAAGAAAAAAUAUUCUUUGCUGUUGUAACUUGCAGUAAAAAAAUACUUCUACCAAUUCGUUUUCAAUUUUGAACAUUUCUAAAACAGCCAAGAGAGCAGUGAAUUUAUUGGGAAGGUUUUACAGAGUUUCCUGGCUGAUAUGAUACUUCUUUUCGAACAAGGCUCCAAAAGUUGCCCUCAGUGCUAACACUGGAAGUUGAUGAAAUACCUUACUUAUUACUUUUUACCGCUAGCAUACCCCACUUAUUAUAGGUGUAGCGACUUCGUUGUGAGGCGAGGAAGGGAACAAAUACUGUCAUUGAUAGAUGAUACACAGAGUUGUGUGUUACUGAGAGUCAUCUUUAUUCGCCUCCUGUUCGCGCCCAAUUCCCAGAAUGCUCUGCCGGAUAACAUAACAAUUCAUUAUCGUAUAGGACCCCUAGCUGUAAUUUGUUUCUAGUAGUAGUACUGUACAUUCUUUAAGACCCAUUGUCAUGGAUUUAAAAACAUACUUAUUUAUAAACUAUCACUAGAACAAGCUAUUAAAGUUUGUCUAAUCUGAAUUAACGUGCAUAUUACUCUCUCCCAAGAAAGUAAUAUGCGUGCCCUUUCUCUCAUUUGUGUUUUUUUGCAAAAAUUUACUGUUAUAUGUUCCAAAAGUUAAUGGUCACUGCAUGGUGUGUAUUGUUGCGCCUCAAAUAUGCAGUCAUUAUCUACGUUUGUAUGAAAAAAUGUAAAAAUCACAAGCGUGUUCAUUUGUAUUUAGUGUGCUAUAUAAAUUUUUAAACAGAAGCCAUUGUACGGAGUAUGGGAGGUAAAUUUUUACUAUACAAGUACAUUGCUGAUGAUAGAAAAUUUUUAGAAUGUUGUAUAGAUAACCAUUCAGAUAUGAAACAUAGGCUGUCAAACCAGCGUGAUCUUCUAAUAUUGACAUGUACAAUCACACUUACUAGCUUAUUCAUGUGUUGGAUUGUAGGAACCUAAAAUAACAUUUGACAGUACAGUACCACAAGCGUUGAACCAUGUUGCUCAUUUGCAUGUUUGUAUUGUAACGAUGUUUGAGCUAUAUGUGUAAUUUAUCACAACUGACAAUUUUGUCAUCUUUUUGAAUUUUUGUAAAUAUGAGUAAUUAUGACUUACUAAUUUAAAAUUGCAUAUAUGGAAGGCAGCGCUUUUUAUAUGCAUUGUUCAUGGCUUGGCUGGCUUUGUUGCCAAAUGACCAGUGGUGAAUAAAAACCAUUUUGCUUUCUUUCACUCCUGCAGUGAAGGUAAUGUUGCCAUCUUAACGUUAAUGGCAAUAUUUAUGUGAUCGAGCCCGUUUUUCCCUGUCCACUGUUGUGCAUUUCAUGAAGUUUAGUUGUUUAUGGUGACGUUUUAAAACUCAUUAAACGUUAUGUGAAUACCGUGUAACGUUUUAUUGUAAACAUUAAUUGUAUGCAUUUGACUUGACCUGACAGAAAUAUAGGUUGCUAUUUUCACAUAUUCUGUACAGUUGCGAAUAUUUGCUUAUAAUGUGUUUUCUGCGAUAAACUCUUAUAUGUCUCUGAUCAUCCCGGUGGUGUGGUGCCUCAUGUACAUCAGUAGAAAUAUUUAAUAAUGUCACCUGAAGGUUUUAACACGAGUGAAUUAAAGACAAUGGUAUGAUGCGAUAA